ACUACUCUGUUUUUCAGAGUCGUUUAGAAUACCUUUUCAACCUUGUAUUGAUCUAUGCCUUGUCUACACCGCGCCUACGCAGACCAUCUAGCUUUUGUACUUGUCUGUAGUCUUUCUAGAUAAACCAUUCGAUUUUUUAGGAUUCAAACUGUGCGAUCACGAUAUUUUCCUCGUGUAAUAAUCUUCCCUGUGUAUUGCUAUUAAGGAGAUGAUAACUAGGAGUGGGGAGUCGCUCUGCCCUGGGAAACGAACACGCCAGGUGCGAAUGUAAGGAAGAUUGGGAUCAACUCGAGCCCAACUUCCUUGAGAAGGGAAAAGGCUAUCAAAGUGUCCUGACGGCGACAGUGUGAGCAUUAUGUAGUCGGGCCUCAACAUAAUACUCAGUGUACUACACUGAAUGCAAAUUUUAACUUAAAAGUUUGCAUAUCAAAGGCCUUGAUGUGAACAAUGGUCAGCGGGUCACUCGUGCUUGGUAACGGGAUGACUCGACUUCUAGACACAGCGUGAGGAUGAUAACAAAUCUAGUUGAAAUAAGAAAUUAGUGCACGAAUCGUAUAAGAUAUUUGCUUAAGGUCAGAUGUGCUUCUAUUGAUAAGUCUACUUGAUUAGAACUAUUAUUAUUUUCUUGUUAGAAGACAAUUUGAAUAAUAAGAUUCACAAGUUUUGGCAGAUAAAGUAAACAUCCUUCCCCCUUUACUUACAGUUUUUCUAUAUUUUGAAAAUUGAAAUAUUAAUUUUUAAUUAAGUUUACUCUCUCUUUUAUUUCAUCCAAAUUCUAUGCAUCAUCAGAUCACGUAGGUGCUUCGAUAGGUGGCACUUCUAUUCUAAUUAAAAUAUAACGACAUUUUGAUGAAAGUAACGAGAGACAAGUAUAUGUUGCCCGUAACAAGCGUUUGAUGAAAUUUCCCAAGGCCAGGCUGUAAUUGUACGUAAAAAGUGGGGGAAGAAUGAGGGAGAGCGAACAAACUGCCGUACAAGACUUUGAAUAUGGAGAAAACAUCGACCAAGACGAGCAAAACGAAUCCGGCUUCAAAGAUUUCCUGGAUAAUACAACACUUCACGGUGCGAGGUACUUGAAUGAAAAACAUUUUCUGCGUAAGUUAAUUUGGGCGCUUUUUCUCAUUGCUGCGUUUUCUGUAUGCGGAUUCCAGACUUUUAAAUGCUUUUCAGCGUAUUACGAGAGACCAUUCUCAACAGUCAUGAUGAAAAAAAGAGUUCCAGAGUUAGACUUUCCGGCUAUAACCAUAUGCAACCUGAACGCUUUGAGUAAGAAUCAAUAUGUUAAAAUUCAAAGAAUGUUUAAAGACAACAGAACAGAUGAUGUAAUUGUAAAGGAGAUUGAGGAACUUUUGAAUAUAAUGGGGUCCCUUCAUCAAGGUGGUAACAUAUCAAGAGAAGACCAGGAAUAUUUACAGAAAUUCUUCGACCCUGCGUAUGAGCUGAGAACGAAAAUUCUUUACGAUGCGCUUAUAAACUAUUCACACCAAAUUGAGGGAAUCCUGUCCAUGCAGUGGUUUGGUCCAUGUAAAUGGCAGGGUCAACCUUGUAAUGCAACAAACUUCACUCACAUUAUAGACUUAAAGAUGGGGAAGUGUUACACUUUUAAAUCUAAUCUGAAAUCAUCUCUUGUUGGGCCAAAUAAUGGCUUACGGCUCAGGUUGAAUUUGGAGGAGAGCGAUCAUGUACGGAACGCGUACGUGCCGAUGUCAGGGUUUAAGGUUGUUAUACACGAUAGAUGGGAAUAUCCCUUUCCAGACGAAGAAGGUUUCGCACUUCAACCCGGUUCACAUGCGUACUGUUCGAUACGGCAGAAAAAGAUCAUUAAUCUACCGCACCCAUAUGAGACCAAAUGCAAUAAGAGAAGCAACUACUUCAGCGAUCACUUCAACUUGCCUUACUCCCUUUCCGCCUGCAUCAAGCAGUGUCUAUACGACUACGGGAUGGAAAAGUGCAAUUGCCAACCGCUUUUCAAAUUCAAAGAAAACGAAGAAUUUUGUUCCGUCAAGGAUGUAUUUGAGUGCAUUUAUCCAAAAUUCUAUGGUCAAGCUCUUCCCGACAAAGUCGCCAAAUGUGCAAAUAGUUGUCCCGAGGCCUGUUCUUACACCAAGUACGAUGCCAAGCUUUCCUACGCGAACGCGGUAGGGAAUGCCUUUUCGCAGAGCCUGCCACCGGUCACUAGCAAGGGGGCCAAGUCUGAGUCGUACAAGCGCUUACUGAACCUGACAGUAGAGAAAAGAGAGAAGUAUUUCCGGGAAAACGUCGUUUCUUUAGAUGUGUAUUACGAGGAGCUGAGUUAUGACCAGAUCGAGCAGAAACCAGCUUUUGACGACUGGGCCUUAAUCGGUAAUAUAGGCGGUUAUUUGGGGCUGUUCCUUGGGAUGAGUUUGCUGACAGUAGCGGAGCUCUGUGACUUCAUGAUGACGUCACUUCUUCGUUUUUGCAAACAGAAACAGAAGGUGUUUAGCGGUAGCACAAACAGAUGACUUGUCAAUCAAAAUGCAACGACUAUAAGGAACUUUAUAUCCAUAACACUUUCUAUUCAUAGCCUAAUUGUACAAUGAACAUCUUCUUUCGCCUUUAGUCAUACCAGAAGAUGUUUGCUAUGGAUGCAUGUCAAACUUCUCGUUCACGACUUAAAAAAGACCUCGAUGAUAGAAAGCCUACUGUUUCCACCGAUGCCAGGUCCUCUCGACCGGAACGGAUUUCGGGCUCAGACGGAACCUGCUAGCAGGGUUUGGAUGGGGGGGGGGGGGGGGGUGCAUGUCGGUAGUCAGUUAAAAUUUUCCAUAAUUUGUCGGUAGUCGGUAAGAAUUAUCAGUCUUUGUUGGUAGUCGGUGAAUCUAAGCUAGUAUGUUGCUUUUGCACGUCGCUCUUGUACUUGAUUUCAUGUAUAAACAAGAUUAAACAUUAUUUAGGAUUGAUUAGUAAUUAAUAACUUAUUGAUAAUAAAUUAAUUAUGGAUUAAUAAUUGACUGAAAAGUUGGUGCAACAGGAAAUAAAUAGUGCAGAUUCUGAAAUGGCCGAAUUCAUUGACGAUGGAAGUAAAGAGUAAAAAUACCGGAAAUAAAAAGAUGAAGGUAGUCAGUAAA